UGAGAAAUCCAAGAGCCGUGGGAUAUAUAAAGAGCGGUUGGAGUUCUCUUUCUUCUCUGAUAAGCUUCAAUCUCAAACUUCGUCGGAGCUUUUAAUCUGGCGGCCAAUCUAAUAUUAUUUUUUUUCAAAAUAAAAUUGUCACUGCCAUCGAAGUUCGUACCCAGAGUUCUUAGUGAAAGUUAAAGUUUAGUUUGAACUAGAAAGUUGUUUUCCAGCAAGCUUUUGAAUUUGCUAAGCCUUUAACAAAUGGUACUGAAAGUUGCGGCAACGGCGACGAGUUUACAAUGGUCAAAGCCAAAUCUUCCUCAGCCACCAUCUUCCUCCCAAGCUUUAGCUUCAGCGAUCUCUUCGCCUUCCCUUCCGAGGCGUUGCCGUAGCGACGGCGCUCUUAUUCUCAAGACCGUACAAAGACUGAACCGGUCGGCUCUGUUCGGUUCAAACUCCUCCAGUAUCCAACGGUCCCGGUCGGGCGAGAAAUCAAGAUCCGGAACUUUACGAAGAGCUUGCAGCGCAAGCUUAGAAUCCUUUUCCGAUGAAGAAUUUUCGAAAAAGAUUCAAGAAUUGGCCCUUAGAUUCCAGUUGUCUGAUAAUGAUGGCACCACUAGCAGCAGAAGUACCGGAAAUGAUUUAGAUUCUGAACGGGAACGGGAAACGGAGUCCGUUCCGGAAUCUUUGGGAUUCGACGAACUAUCGUCAUGGGUUGAAAGAGGAGAAGAAAUAGCAUCGUCAAGCAUAGAACGUAAAGCCAACAGCGUUGAUCUUCCGGUUUCACUGCGAAUGAUUAAGAGGAAAAUACAAUGGCAAGAGGGGUUCCGAGAGGCAGGGGAAACGGCUUAUUGUUCAGUGAAGAAGGCGUUUUCUUCCAUGGUUUUCAUAAUCCGGGAGCUUCAUAGUUACACUUUACAAAUGCGAGAGCUUUUGUAUUACGAGGAUUUACAAGGGAUUCUUGUCAGAGUUCAAAAUGAGAUGCACGCUUCGUUCGUUUGGUUGUUUCAGCAGGUUUUCUCUCACACACCCACUUUAAUGGUUUAUGUGAUGAUUCUAUUAGCCAAUUACUCGGUUCACUCCAUGGGAAGCAACGCCGCUCUCGCUGCAGCCGCCGCAGCCGCCGCGAAUCCAACGCCUGGGACUUGUGUUUCAAUGGUUGAUGUUCAAGAUCAGAAGCAUUCCAAGUUCGAUUCGAUAAAGUCAUUUUCAGUAUCAUCGUCGAGCGGGAAAACCGCUUCUAUCGGUGGGAAGAACGGCGGAGGAGGAAAAGUCCGGCCUGUAGCCAGCGGAACAGACGGCGACGGAUGGUUUGAAAAGGCAGACCAAUUCAGUAACAUUGUUCCAAACGGUGCGUCUCAGUUACCAUCUCCAGGAACAACAGGCGAAACACACAGAGAUUCAACGUUAGAGAGAGAAACCAGAGAAGAGCUCACUCUUUGGAACUCCAUGGUCGACGAAGCUUCGAGAAUGCUAGCUUCAGUCAGAGAUGAAACGCUCGAUCAGGAAACAGUCCAGAGAUUCGUUUCGCCGGUGACGGCGAAAAUCGAACCGGACGGUGACUAUGAAGACUAUUUCAGAACCGAGCUGCUUUAUCAAACCGGGUUGUCACAAGAGCCUAGCAACGCUCUCCUCCUUGCCAAUUAUGCCCAGUUUCUCUACCUUGUUGCACAUAAUUACGACAGAGCGGAAGAGUACUUCAAGAAAGCAAUCGCGGCGGACGCGGCGGACGCGGAGGCAUACAGUAAAUACGCGACCUUUUUAUGGAGAGCUCGGAACGAUCUGUGGGCGGCGGAGGAAACUUUCUUGGAAGCGAUGUCGGCGGAUCCUUGUAACUCGUAUCACGCCGCGAAUUAUGCUCAUUUUCUAUGGAACACCGGUGGGGAAGACACUUGUUUCCCUCUUGCCUCCCCGGACACUACCCAAGAAGCUUGAAAAUUAUAAAACAAAAAUACAAAAGAAAUAAAACAUU